GUAUUUCUGCUUCCCUUACCGGCUGCUUGAGAUUAUUUCGAAGGAAAGUGACUGAAUUAAAUAGCUUAAAGGGAAGUUACGACUGAUUUGGGUGUUCAUGUUUUGCACUAGUUACUAUAUCUUAGGAUUUUAUGGUCAGAUGGACUAAUCACUCAAGGGAACAAAUUUUAAUCUGACUUGUAUAGGGCUUGUUGGUUAGGUUAUAAAGAAAUAAGGUGUAUGGUUAAAUCGAACUUUUCUUGCAGCCAUCAGCCAUGUCACCAAAGAAAAAGCGAUGUAGCGGUAAAGGUUGCAAUGAUUUUAAAGUGCCGGGUGAUGGGAAGCACAUGUGCUCAUUCCCCAAACUAGGGGAGAGGUAUGUUACUCCCAGCAAUCCGAAUUUGAAUGGAUCAUUUUGAAAACUAGAACUACUGGUUUUCUCUUACAUUUUAGGCAAGAGUUUUGGGUGAAAGUCGGUGGAAAUGAAAAAUUGUUGACAAUGAAUCCGCUGUCCAUUUAUUUUAUUUUAACUGUUACUUUUGUCCGGGUCACUUUGCUCUUGACCUGUUUGAAGAUGUUAACAGACUGCACAAACUGAAGCGUGGGGCAAAGCCAACAAUAUUCGCAAAUCCACCUCUGAGUGACGUGGACAUGCUCCAAUUCAAACAUGGGAAUGGGACGCCUGAGGUACACUACUUCAAUGCUGAGCAAGCAGCAAUCCUGGAGCAUGAUGAUGAUGGUAGCAGAGAGUCUAUACCUCCACCAUCAUUAUCAACAUCACCACCAUCACCACCUCCACCUCCACCUCCACCACCCACUUUGGACCAUGUGGUUUCAAUGGCUCCAAUUCAUCCCUGCAAGCGCCCUUGUCUAUGCUGUGAACAAGUACUGGCGUGCGAGUGCGGAUGCUGCGAGCUGCACGCUAAAAUGGACCCAGACAUGUGGUGCCCUUGCCAGUGCCCAUGUGAAUGUUGCACGGAGCUACGGGAGAAUGAAUGUGAAUGUGAUUGCUGCGAAGCACAUCGCAGUAACAUUAUGUGUGACGAGUGCAAGAAUGGAACAUGAA